AUGAAUUUGUUUAAACUACAGGAUGAUCAUAUGGACGUGUCUGUUGAAUCAACGCCUGCCGAUACCGAGAGGCCCAUGUCGGAUGUAGAGGAAACAACCCCUUUGGCAGUGACUGAUUAUGAAGCCAUAGCGAAUAAGAUCAUGCCCGAUCUUUCAUACGAAAUUGAAGACUUUCAAUAUUCUACGUGGCAAAUCAACGGUUGGCGGAAUUUGGAGAAAAGGAUGACAGGUCCAGAAUUUGAUGCCGGCGGGUGGAAAUGGCGAAUCUUGCUGUUCCCUUUUGGAAAUAAUAACGUGGAGGCCGUUUCCAUCUACUUGGAUUUUGCCGACCCCAAAGGAGCUCCCGCGGGUUGGCAUUCGUGUGUACAGUUCGCUUUAGUCUUAUGGAAUCCGGAGGAUCCAACGCAUUAUGUUCAUCAUCAUGCGCAUCAUCGAUUCACUGCCGAAGAAUCGGAUUGGGGUUUUACACGGUUUUAUGAUUUGCGAAAACUAUUUACUCCGUCGGAAAAUCGACCACGCCCUCUAAUCGAGAAUGACACGACCAACAUCACUGCUUUCGUGCGAGUACUGAAGGAUCCUACGGGUGUCCUAUGGCACAAUUUCAUCAAGUAUUUUACCUCCUUUCUUUCUAUCUUUCGAACCUUAAUCCACAAAUAUUCUCUAUUGCUAUGGCCUUCAAUAUUUCUGGCGUUGUGUUUAACCUCUUCAUAUAGUUAUGAUUCAAAGAAAGAAACUGGGUAUGUGGGUCUGAAGAAUCAAGGAGCCACAUGUUACAUGAACUCCUUGUUGCAAUCACUUUAUUGUACAACUUAUUUCCGCAAGGCGGUUUACGCAAUUCCCACAGAAGAAGAUGAACCGAUCAGAAGUGCCUCUUUGGCUCUACAGAGAGUAUUUUAUCAAUUACAGACAUCAAACACUCCCGUCGGAACAACGGAGCUGACAAAAGCUUUUGGAUGGGAUUCAGAUGAAUCAUUCCAACAACACGAUGUUCAAGAGUUCAAUCGAGUACUACAAGAUAAACUAGAGGGCAAAAUGAAGGAUACAAAAGCGGAUGGAGCCAUGACAAAACUUUUUGUUGGAAAAAUGAAGAGUUAUAUUAAAUGUGUCAACGUGGAUUAUGAAUCCUCUCGUGUUGAAGAUUAUUAUGGUAGCAUGAACACAUAUAUCAACGAUGUGACUCACAUUCAACUGAAUGUGAAAGGGUGUAAGACUCUACAUGAUUCUUUCAAAGAUUAUGUACAGGAGGAGACUUUGGAAGGAGAUAAUAAAUAUAUGGCGGAAGAGUAUGGUCUUCAGGAUGCCAAGAAAGGAGUGAUAUUUGAAAGCUUUCCACCGGUUCUGCACUUGCAACUAAAACGAUUUGAAUAUGACGUACAAAGGGACGCUAUGAUUAAAAUUAACGAUCGUCACGAGUUUCCCAUGGAAAUUGAUUUGGAAGAAUUUUUGUCACCAGAAGCAGACCGAUCGAAGCCACCUCGAUAUUUACUUCAUGGAGUGCUUGUUCAUAGCGGAGAUUUGUAUGGCGGCCAUUAUUUUGCAUUAAUAAAACCGGAAAAAGAUGGAAAAUGGUUAAAAUUCGAUGACGACCGGGUUACACCAGUAACAGACAAGGAGGUACUAGAGGCUAAUUACGGUGGUGAAAUUCCUAAUUCCAGUCCCCUGCCCGCCAUCCGACCUGGUGGGAGAAACCAUAAACGAUUCACAAAUGCAUAUAUGUUGGUAUACAUUCGUGAAUCUGACGCUGAUGAGAUCUUAUCUCCGGUGCUUCCGGAAGAGAUACCGGAACAUUUACGUAGGGUUGUAACCGCAGAAACCUUUAGGAAUCAUCAGGGAUUUGACCUUGCCAACUUUGAUGAUCGUCAAUAUCCGCUAUCAGAUGUCCCGCAUUUUAAAGUACUUAAGAGUGAUACAUACGGUACAUUCAAAGAAAUGGUUGCCAAAAAGUUCGAACUUCCGGUUGAGCAAACACGAUUCUGGGUUCUUGUAAAUCGGCAAAAUAAAACCGUUCGACCGGAUGCCCCAAUAUCAGAAAACUGUGUUAAUUCAACGAUGGAAGAAAUUCACUCAAAAAUGGCGGCACGGCAAAACGAACUAAAAUUAUACUUGGAAGUUUCAGACAAGCCAAGUACUACCAAGACUUGGUUCCAUCCCAACGAAGGAAACACCCACAUAAUGGUUUUUCUCAAAUACUUCGACCCUGAUACGCAAUCAUUAGAGGGUCUUCACUUUCUCUAUAUUCACAAAUUUACAAAAGUCGGGGAGAUCAUUCCACUUCUCUGUGAAAAAAGGGAUCUACCACCGAACACGCCCUUAAAAAUAUAUGAGGAAAUUAAACCUGGCAUGAUUGAAGAAAUGAAACCCAAAUCAACUCUUCAUCAAUCCGAGAUACAAGACGGAGACAUAAUUUGUUUCCAGAAAGCAUUAACCGACAAGGAGAUUCAAGAUCAUCAGGCUGCCGGUCGUAUCUACGGUAUUCCUCAAUUUUACGAUCAUCUGUCAAUGCGUAUUGUGGUCCAAUUCAAGCCUAAUCCAAAACCAAAGGAUCGCGAACAAAAGCAAAAGGAUCCUGAACCAAAACCCGAGUUUGAAUUGGUCUUAAAUAGGAAAAUGGGCUAUGAUGCUGUCGCUAAUCAAGUUGCCGCACACUUAAAUGCUGACCCGAUGAAAUUACUUUUUACAACCGCGAAUUUACCAUCUGGCACGCCAAAAAAUGUGAUUAAACGAAAUACCACUCAAACACUGUCAGAUAUGCUUCAAGCGUCAUAUCUCCCUUCCGCACAACUAUAUUAUGAAAUGCUUGACAUUAGUAUUGUAGAGUUGGAAACAAAAAGAUUCUUUAAAGUUAAUUGGCUCGGAACUACUGUAAAAGACGAGGAAAUUGUCGAUGUUCGCCUUCCUAAAACUUCUGUCGUUGACGACAUCCUGGAAGCGAUCUUACAGAAGGUAUCGCUGUCGACCCCAAACAGCAAAAUCAGACUAUAUGAGGUUGUGAAUCAUAAAAUUAGCAAGGAAUAUACUGGAACUGAAUCAGUAGAAAGAAUAUCGGAAUUCUCGACACUAUAUGCAGAGGAAAUACCUAAAGAAGAGCUUGAAUCAAACGCUAAUGAUAAGAUUGUUCAAGUAUUUCAUUUCACUAAAGAACCAGUACGAUUGCACGGAAUCCCCUUCAAGUUUGUCAUUAAAAAUGGAGAAGGCUUUUCUGAGGCCAAGGUGCGACUUCAGGAACGCCUUGGUAUGAACGAAAAAGAUUUUGCUAAAGUAAAAAUCGCGAUUGUUCCAGGAACUACAUAUUCUAAACCCCAAUAUGUUGAGGACGAAGUAAUUUUAUCAGACAUUAGUUGGAACAAUGAAGAUUGUUUAGGACUAGAUCGUGUAGACAAAACCGGACGUGCUGGGAGGGUUGGCGGUGCCGAAAAGGCAAUUUAUAUUAGAGGUUAA